ACGUCUCAAGGGUCGCUGGAAAACACGAGCUCCGGCAAGCCGUGCGUGAAAACGACGACCACCACCACCGACGACCACGAUUCCGUCUGCCACAGCACACCUCAGGGAGAAGAAGACGAUGAGGCGGACAGAAAGAAAGAGAAUGCGAAAUCCUCGGGUUCUACUAAAAGAAGUAGGGCUGCAGCAAUUCAUAACCAAUCUGAACGAAAAAGGAGAGAUAAGAUUAACCAAAGGAUGAAGACAUUGCAAAAGCUGGUCCCAAAUUCCAAUAAGACCGACAAAGCUUCGAUGUUGGAUGAAGUAAUUGAAUAUUUGAAACAACUACAAGCUCAAGUGCAUAUGAUGAGUAGAAUGAACAUGUCAGCAAUGAUGUUGCCGAUGGCAAUGCAACAGCUUCCGAUGGCGUCAUUGAUGGCUCCGAUGAGCUUGGGGAUGGGCAUGGCGGGGAUGGGGAUGGAUCAUUUGAACAUGAUUGCCGGUCGGCCCGGCCUUACCGCUGGAAUGUCUCCGCUCCUCCACCCUAGCGCCUUCAUGCCCGGUGCUUCUUGGGAUGGGGCGACUUGUGACCAAAUGCAACCUUCUCCAACGAUGAUGAUGGCUGAUCCCUUGUCAACAUUUCUUGCAUGCCAAUCGCAGCCAAUGACAGUAGAAGCGUACAAUAGAAUUGCCAUGAUGUUUCAACAACUUCAUCAACACUCGCCCUCGACGGGUGGCUCAAAGAUCUAGCUAUUUAAUUACAUCUUCUAAUAAUUUCUUUGGUUCCACAAGGAAAAAGAAUGUUGAAAUGUGUGAUAGAAUGUUGUGUUCCAUUCGAUUUAGAAAAGGAAAAAAAUAGAAAAAAGAAAAAAAAAAGGGAAAAUGUAAAGUACAAUAGCUGUGUUUAAACUUUUGCGUUUUGGGGUAUAUCUUGUUGAUCUUUAUCUUCUUUUCACCCCUAUUUGGAUUUAGACAUUUUUGUCCC